GCAACUGGUCACAAAAGCACCCUCGGCGGCGGGACAGUCCCGCAGAAGCCCGUGGCGAGAGUCACUCUGUCUGCCUUGUCCCCUCGCGGGAGAGUCCACAGGAAGCAGUGCCUCCAGCGGUCUCGCGGCGGUGAAGCCGGCACCGGGGGCCGCUAGCGGACCGGGACAGGAGCCGUCGCCUUAAGGGUCGGAGCUGGCAAGAGCGAAGCUGGGGCCGCCACAGCCGAGCCGGGAACGCCGUUUGCCCGGGCCGAGGCGGAAGCCGGAGCAUUUGGAGGACGGGACCGCGGGAACCCGGAAACGCCAGGGCUGCACCAAGCUGGCAACAGCGACGGCAGCGGGAGCUGGCGGCGCUGCGGGUCAGCGGUCGCGGCGGACCCGGCCGACUCGGCAGCCUGGGUCGCCCGGCGUUGCUGAGCCGCAGCCCCCAGUGCGCGCAGCCGGAGGAGCUGCGCGGGAGGUCCCUCAGGUCCCUGUGGCCAGGCCAUCUGGCUACCUCUGGAGUGAGUCGGCUCCUCCAACAUCUGGCCACACCGCUGCUGCACGGAGGAGGUUUCCACUCUUGGCCUGCUCACCCGGGUGGCUUGGGGUCUUCACAUUCUGGUAGCCGACUGCGAUGGCAUCCCGGAGCACGACCUCUUUGGACGUUCCAAUGCGGCGCCCCCUAUCGGACCUUCCGGAAGCCCAGUCUUAAUCAGUACCUGUGAAGCAAAUGAAAAUAAAACAAUGUCUGCCAACCUGAAAUACCUUUCCUUGGGAAUUUUGGUCUUUCAGACUACUAGCUUGGUUCUAACUAUGCGUUAUUCUAGGACUUUAAAAGAGGAGGGACCACGUUAUCUAUCUUCCACAGCAGUGGUUAUUGCUGAACUUUUGAAGAUAAUGGCCUGUAUUUUAUUAGUUUACAAAGACAACAAAUGUAGUCUAAGAGCACUGAACCGAGUACUACACGAUGAGAUUCUUAAUAAACCCAUGGAAACACUUAAACUUGCUAUUCCAUCAGGGAUAUAUACUCUUCAGAAUAAUUUACUCUAUGUGGCUCUGUCAAAUCUAGAUGCAGCUACUUAUCAGGUCACAUAUCAGUUGAAAAUUCUUACAACAGCAUUAUUUUCUGUGUCUAUGCUUAGUAAAAAAUUAGGUGUGUACCAGUGGCUUUCCCUAUUAAUUUUGAUGACAGGAGUUGCUUUUGUUCAGUGGCCCUCAGAUUCUCAAGAACUUGAUUCUAAGGAACUUUCAGCUGGCUCUCAGUUUGUAGGUCUCAUGGCAGUUCUCACAGCAUGUUUUUCAAGUGGCUUUGCUGGUGUUUAUUUUGAGAAAAUCUUAAAAGAAACAAAACAAUCAGUAUGGAUAAGAAACAUUCAGCUUGGUUUCUUUGGGAGUAUAUUUGGAUUAAUGGCUGUGUACAUUUAUGACGGAGAAUUGGUAUCCAAGAAUGGAUUUUUUCAGGGAUAUAACCAAUUGACCUGGAUAGUUGUUGCUCUUCAGGCACUUGGAGGCCUUGUAGUGGCUGCUGUUAUUAAGUAUGCGGAUAAUAUUUUAAAAGGAUUUGCAACAUCUUUGUCUAUAAUAUUAUCAACACUGAUAUCCUAUUUUUGGCUACAAGAUUUUGUGCCAACCAGUGUCUUUUUCCUUGGAGCCAUCCUUGUAAUAACAGCUACUUUCUUAUAUGGUUAUGAUCCCAAGCCUGCAGGAAAUCUCACUAAAGCAUAGCCAAAAACUGUCUUUAACUGGUUUUUCAAGAUGGUGCACUAGAAAUCUCGACAUUAAUCUUGCACGGAGGACUUCUACAGAUUCUGAAGAUAUCAUCAUGCUAAAUCUGAUCAGAUUUUUUAAAAUGGUUUGAGAAUACACAGGUUUAAAGAUAAAAUGUGUGUACUGUAUAUGUAACAAAAUCUAUUACAUCUAGAAAUCAAAACUUGAAAGUUAUUCCAGGGAUUAAAAUGAAAAGAAAUAUGGGAGGAAACUUGAAAUCUGAGUUUAGAAAGAUUUUACCUUUUUGAUUGCUGCAGAAAUGUCCUAUGCACUCUUUGCAAGAGCACACAAAUGUCCUAAAUCAAUUUUUACAAACUCUAUUUAAUCUUACUAAAUUUUUUAAUCUUAUUGUUUCUGUACAGAUCUAUAAAAUCACAUGGAAUAUUUAAAGUUUGAAAAUUCUAAUUACCUAUAAUACUGUGAAAAAAUGGAAGUCUGAUUUGAAGAAAAUAUUUCACAUAUCUGAGAUUUUUAUAUUUAUACAAAAUGUUACUAAACAAGGAUUAUUAAAUGUUACUUGUUGAACUACAUAAGAAUUGAUUAAGUCACAUUCUAGGUCUGAUUUGUUAGAGAAUCAAAUUCAUAUUUAGCAUAGAAAUAUAUCUGUUUCUCCAUAUAUACAUCUUUAGACCAUUUAGUACUUAGAGACAGCUGAAAGUAUUCUGGUUGCUGUUGUGGUAGUAACCAUUGACUUUUAUGCUAAUGGAGUUUCCCCUUCUUCCAUUUCUUUUCUGUAAGUCAGGUGAAUCCUUAAUAUUGGUUUAAAUUCAAUUCAUUUGUAUUAAUUGCUAUUAAAGUUUUAAUUUAAAGGGAUUAAAUAUUCAUUUAGUAAUUUAACAUAAAGUUAUUGUCUAAUAUCUCCAUUUGGAGAAUUUUGAAUUAUCAAGCAUAUACUGUAUACCAUUAGAAAGUUUUUACAAGAAUAUCUUUUUUUUAUUUAGUUUUCUUUUUUUUUUUUAUUUUUGACAGGCAGAGUGGACAGUGAGAGAGAGAGACAGAGAGAAAGGUCUUCCUUUUUGCCGUUCGUUCUCCAAUGGCCGCUGUGGCCAGCGCACUGCAGUCGGCGCACCGCACUGAUCCGAAGGCAGGAGCCAGGUGCUUCUCCUGGUCUCCCAUGGAGUGCAGGGCCCAAGGACUUGGGCCAUCCUCCACUGCACUCCCGGGCCACAGCAGAGAGCUGGCCUGGAAGAGGGGCAACCGGGACAGAAUCCGGCACCCUGACCAGGACUAGAACCCGGUGUGCCAGCGCCGCAAGGCAGAGGAUUAGCCUAGUGAGCCACAGCACCGGCCUACAAGAAUAUCUUAUUCAUUGCUCUGUCAAAACUCUCUUUAAUCUACAAUUGUUUAUAAA